AUGUUCUCAACUCUCUCGCCAUCCGCCAUCGACGAUAUUCUUCGCCACGCCGUCCACUUUAGCCAAGGAACCGCCACUGGCGGAAUUGCACCGAGUCCUGUUAGUUUUAUCAGUGCCCCCCAACAUCAACCUCAGAAUACCUCUCUGAACUAUCCGGUGUUCGAUACGAAUCAUCUUCAUCAUCACUAUUCACUACCUGUCAGUAUGCAGACACCAGCUUCUUCUCAUGGAACGACGACGAGUACAGGUGGCCACGGAAGAGGUCGACGCAAAAACUCGACUGUAAAUCUGAUAUGUGUCGUUUGUGGAGAUCAAGCAUUCGGAAAACAUUACGGAGUGAACGCGUGUAAUGGAUGCAAGGGAUUCUUCCGACGAAGUGUUUGGAACAAUCGUCAGUACUUAUGUCGUUUCGAGGGACGAUGCGCUAUUGCAAAAGAACACCGAAACGUGUGCCGAGCUUGCCGCUUAAAACAAUGCUUUGUAGCAGGAAUGAAUCCACGAGCCGUCCAAUCAGAACGAGAGCAAAAAGGAUCCCCAGACCAAAUGCAGGAUGUGGAAGAGGACGACUACAAAGAUCUAUCGUCUCCUGAUACGUGUUCCGUGGAGAUUCAAACAGAUGUAGAUGACCAAAAACCUGUAGAUCAUACAGUACCUCUACCUAGUAUGGAAACAGAAAUGGCAAGGUUUUCGGAGCAACUCGUAGAGAUGCACCGAGCGGUUUGUUCGUACGUGGAUCCAGUUGUGAAGAAAGAGGAGUCUGAAAUCAAAAUGGAGGAGGGAUCAUCGGCAACCAAGGUGGUAUUCAUGGAUGCAUUCUUUAAUCCAGGACUAAUGUCUCCACGUACUCCUUUGAGAAUCACUGGGGAGCGUAUUGCAACUGUACAAGAUGUGAUGGAUGAGUGGAGGCGGAACUUUGUUUUAUUCUCCGAUUGGCUUCGUGCUCUCCCAGAAUUCCUUCAACUACCAAUUGAAGAUCAAAUCGUAUUAGCAAAGAAUCGUUAUGGACCAUUCCACUGGUGGUUAUGCGCGAAUUGGACAGUUCAAGCGGGUUGUGAAGGCGUCUGUUAUUCCAAUGGAGCGUACUUUCCACGACAAAUCGAAGCUCAAUGCAUACCAGAUGUGAAGGGAUCGAGUAGUCGGAUGUUCGACUCGUUGAGUGUUCCUAUCAAAGAAUUACAGCUGGAUGAGACUGAAAUUGUUCUGAUGUUAGCAGUCAUCUUGUUUAGUGAUGAGGUUACAGAGCUUGCGGAUUUAUCUCAAGCUGGAAAAGAUCAUGUCAGAAUUGUGGGCAAUCGAUUUGUCAGAAUGCUUCAUCAUCAUGUUAACUCGAAAGAUUACGGGGAGGUGGUGGAGGAAGAUGGACAGAAUGUUAGUGAAAGUCAGGCAGCUGUCCGGAUUGCCAAGAUGAUGAUUCUUUUAUCAGCGACUACGAACCUCGUCUACCUCACUUCCGACAACAUCCAACUUAUGGAAGUACUCCAUGUCGUUCCCAGUGAAUACCUCUGUCACGAAGUUCAAUUAAUUCAUGACUCCUAUGAGACACCAUAA